AUGGAUCAAGGUCCAAAUUCGGAUACCGCCUCUCACGAAAAUCCUCCAUUGAACUGCGAUAAAAACAGUCAUGCUGCUGCUGUAUCCUUCGUACCUAAUGCCAAGAUUUAUGGUGUAAGUAUCAAGUGGCAGCUCUUUCUCGCCCUUGGCGGCACUCUGCAGGGUGUCGUCGGUCUUGAACUCAUUGGAGAAUCCGACCUGGAUGGCGAAGUUAUCUGCUACACGUACCUCUCGACAUACCUAGCUCCAGUGGAUGCCGCGACCACUGGGGGAGUAUUACCAACAGCAGUCCCCCCGACAACGCGAGGCAUCUUGCCUCCCUACUUCACCAACCGAUCUACUUCUUUGCCUCCAUUCACGCUCCCAUCUGGCCUAGAGUCUUCCGAUAUUAUCCAAGAGCCUACUUCUGUCAAUCUGUUCUCAUCUUCUGACUUUGCCAUUCCAACGUCAGAAUCCGGUAGCCUGUUACCGACCGCCACAGCGACCGCCACCGAAUUUUCAGCUACUAUCUCUGGAGCUGUCUCUGGUCAAGAUCUUAUCUUCUUCGUCGCACCUGAAAUCGAUGGGAGUCGGCACUUCAUUAAGAGAGCACCGGGACGCUUCAUUGGUGGGAAUGAUGCUGUGGAGAUUUGUACCAACGCCGCUGUCUUCAGCCUCGCAGAUGGACAGCUCUUAGUCAACGGAGACCCUGUUUAUUAUGCUGGCGAGCCUUAUGAGCAGUUAGGUGGCCAGGGUCCACCACCCGAUGGUGCCGUUACCAGGGAAUUUACGAAUGUGAAUGGAUUGCUCGCAUUUUCCAGCAGUUCGCUGCCUGGCAAUAGUGCGGGCUUCUGUCAGGACGACAGCGGGCAAGUGUAUAUCACUUUUGGAUCAAGCCCGCCAGGAUGUGAUCCAGUCUCAAUAAGUGUCUAUGCAGUCGAGCAAUGCCAGGAUGGACGGAUCAUCGGACUUGAUGAUGCCACUACGACAGAGCCGAACCAAUCUACUACAAUUGCCGGGCCUACAAGCUCUUCUUUGACAACUCCUGAUGUCGCAUCUGCAUCCACUCAGAUCUCACAAUCUAGCGACGCAUCCCCCGAAACAGUCAAGACAAUACAGUCAUCCGAGUCUACACAGGUGCCUGGUUCACCCACAGGAGAGACUUCAGAUUCCUCACUUUCGACUUUUUCUUCAUCAUCUCCAGCAACGGAAACUUCUCUUGUGUCGACUACGUUAAUUAAGACCACAGUCCCCUCCCAGUCAUUCAGUUCCUUUUUUUCAUCUUAUACAGAAACUGCCUCAUCAGAUUCUUUUUCUUCCACCAUCACACUAUCCACAGAUGCAUCAUCUUUUUUCGAGAUCCAGUCAUCUGAAGCUUUCACUUCCAGUACUGUCUCUACUGAAGAAUCUACAACCGCAUCCGCUAUAGCCACUACUACUGCUGUCUCUACUGAGCCUGAACCCUCGUCCUCCUUCUUUUCCACAGAGUCUUCUUUCGAAGAAUCUACAACCAUAUCUGACGCUUUCACCGCCACCACUGAAGAGUCCACUACUACCAGCGAGGAGCCCACAACAGCCACUACCUCGUUGUGUAAUAGCGUGGAUCCAUUAACAACAGUGGCAUUGGCCAACCCGGCUCCCGUUUUUAACGAUAACUCCAACCAUGGGAUCAGGUUUCAAUACUAUACAACGCCGGAGGAAGGAUCAAGCGAAACAAUUGGUUUCCAGAAUCUGCUUACAGGGAGGUCUGCUCAGGUUUCAUUUAAUGCGGCAAACGUUGUCGUAGAUGGGACCGCCGUGGAGAUCGUAACUAGCCAGACAAAUCUCUUUUUCGCUUAUAGUUUUGACAACACGGAGUGCGGCAAGGGGCAGGAUCGAUUGCCAGAAGCCCCAUAA